AUGGUAUGCGUCGCUCUUCUUGGGACUUGCGACACCAAACUUGAUGAGCUCUUGUUCUUGCGCGACGUCGUCCGUCAGGCCAAUGCCGAAGUUACGCUCAUCGACGUAGGUCGAUGGCCCGUCGACCACGAGUCUAUCACAAUAUCGCAAUCUGUUCUGCUGAGAAAACAUGCUGGUGGCAUAAAUAUUGCUGAGCAAGACCGAGGGCAGUUUGUUAAGAUCAUAGGGGACUGUGCGACCAAGGUAGUGAGAUCCCUUUCUGACGAAAGCUCUAUUCAUGGCAUCCUCGCGGUUGGGGGCUCGGGGGGCACUUCGAUAGCAGCUGCUGUCAUGAGGGACGCGCUGCCAAUCGGAUUUCCAAAAUUUAUUGUUUCGACCAUCGCCAGCGGGGAUACCGGCCCAAUUAUUGGAGAGACGGACAUUUCGCUCAUGUAUUCAGUUGUGGACAUUUCUGGCCUAAACCCAAUACUCAAGGAGAUCCUAUGUAACGCAGGAACGGCUAUGGCGGCAAUGGCUUUGGGUCACUCGCGAAGAAGCCAGCAAGCGACCACCACUACACGGAAAAGGAUUGGCGUCACGAUGUUUGGUGUGACUACGCCUGCAGUUGAUGAAAUUCGAAAAUAUCUCGAGUCAAAGUACCCAAUUGACACAUUCGUGUUCCAUGCGACCGGUCAUGGUGGCAAGGCUAUGGAACGACUCAUUUACGAAGGUCGAAUCGAUGGUGUUAUUGAUCUGACAACGACUGAGUUGUGCGACCACAUCACGGGUGGCGUCAUGAGCGCAGGACCGAAACGACUUGAGGCUGCCGCUGCAGCCGGCAUACCUAACAUAAUAUCCGUGGGCGCAACAGAUAUGACCAACUUUGGGCCACUGAACACUGUUCCGGAGCGUUACAAGGACCGUAAGCUGUACGAACAUAAUCCAGUUGUGACCCUCAUGCGAACGUCACAGCAAGAAGCUGCUCAGGUCAUCGAAACCGGGCUGGCAGACAGUGGAAUUCGAGUUGUGAGAGACAACAGAGCGAUCAACGAUGCUGAUUUUGCGCAUGACAUAGCAGAUGCCCUGGCUGCGAUGCUUAGGCUCAAUUCCGGGUCAACUGGGUAA